AUGGCGACAACUGUCAACUUGUGCGAGGCUCCGGAUUGUAACAAAGAGGCAAAACUGCGGUGUCCCACGUGUGUCAAGCUGAAACUAACGGGGGCUUUUUUUUGUUCUCAGGAAUGCUUCAAAAGUAGCUGGAAUACCCAUAAACUAGUUCACAAGAAAGCAGUUGAUAAUGGGGAAUUAGCCUGUAAUGAAGUUUACAAUCCAUGGCCUAAUUUUACAUUCUCUGGAUUACUGAGACCUUACCCUGUUACGCCACCUAGGAAAGUACCUGACCAUAUAGAGAAACCGGACUAUGCCACUCAAUCAGAUGGUUUUCCAGCGAGUGAGAGAGCAGUGAAAGGAUCAACAAACAUUGAUGUACUCACAGAUGAAGAGCAGGAGAGUAUGAGGGUUGUUUGCAAGUUGGGCAGAGAAGUGCUAGAGGAAGCAUCAAAAGUUGUAGCGGUUGGCAUGACAACGGAUGAAAUUGAUAGAGUAGUUCACGAGGCUUGCAUAGAGAGAGAUUGUUAUCCAUCUCCACUGAAUUAUUACAACUUUCCCAAGUCCUGCUGCACGUCUCUCAAUGAAGUUAUUUGCCACGGUAUCCCUGAUCUAAGACCUCUUCAUGAUGGUGACAUAUUGAAUGUCGACAUAAGUGUGUUUCACAGAGGUUUCCACGGUGACCUGAAUGAAACAUUUUUUAUUGGAAAUAUCAGUGCAAAAGCCAAAACGCUUGUCAGGGUUACUAAUGAAUGUCUUAAAAAGGCUAUCGAAAUAGUAAAGCCAGGUGUAAAGUAUAGAGAGAUUGGUGAUGUCAUACAGAAGCAUGCUCAGUCACACGGGUUUUCAGUUGUCAGAACAUAUUGUGGUCACGGAAUACAUAAACUUUUCCACACGGCACCAAGUGUACCACAUUAUGCCAAAAACAAGGCAGUAGGAAUCAUGAAGGCAGGUCAUGCAUUCACAAUUGAACCAAUGAUAUCCGAAGGAACGUGGAGGGACAACACGUGGCCAGACAACUGGACGUCUGUCACUGUUGAUGGAAAGUUGUCCGCUCAGUUCGAGGAAACACUUCUUGUCACUGAUUCUGGCUGUGAUGUUUUGACUGCAAGGAUUAAAAAUAAUGGACGACCGUACUUUAUGGAUUGA